UCACAACUUCCGGCCAUAGUUUUGCAUCCUUUUUUCCGAACGUCGUCUGCCGUUGUAAUCAUUACACCGUGGUGAUAGUACAACGAAGUGGAGUAGUGUCAGAAGUGGCGAGUGUCGAGCCGUUUUUCUCCGAAGGUGCCGAGAAAUUAUGGCCGUUUCUUCAUACGACAUUCCGUAACAGGUAAACGAACGUUCUCGCGUAGCAUAAUUCAAACGCGGAACAAAAAUCUCACGAUCUUUGGAACAAGAUCGUAGAAAAGUCUCCUUUUUCGAAACUUUGUUCCGCGACGCAGAGAAUUGUGUUCGGUAUAUUGACGAUGGCACGGAUGAGUUUUUUUCUGUCGAUCGGACACACGAGGCUCGAUACGUUUCCCGUCGCCUCUGGUUGACGGUUCUAUUCCUCCUGUUAACACGGGAUAAACAGCCCCUGCGUUUUGCUUUAUUUCGCCGCGUGAUCCGAACGUUCGACGUCGGUGUUUCCUCUUUUUUUCCUUCGUCGUUUUUGAAUCGCCGCCAGCGUGUUAAUUAAACAAACAAACUGUGGCCGAGGCGGGUGUUAAUCGGACACGCCGCAAGAAAAUCUGGAAAGGACGUGCGAGUCGAUGAGAAGAAGGAGACGGCGGAGGAGAAAGAGGUAGGAACUUAGGAUCAUCGUGAGAUAUGGAGAAUAACGACGAAGCGCGCGCCGUGGCCGAACAUGCGUCGACUUCGAAGGAGAAACCCUUGGAGGCAACUGCUGGCGAUGAUUAUGGUUGCGAACACUACAAGCGAAAGGCCAAAUUUGUGACACCAUGUUGUAACAAAGUAUACAUAUGUCGAUUUUGUCACGACAAGGAGGAGACCCACGUGGUAAAUAGAAAAGAAGUCACAGAACUUAUAUGUGUUCUAUGUGACACUCGUCAGCCUGUACAAGCCACUUGCAAAAAUUGUCACUGUCGCUUUGGUAAAUAUACGUGCCUCGAGUGCAAUUUGUUCGAUGACGAAGACAAGAAUCAGUAUCACUGUGACGGUUGCGGGAUAUGCAGGGUCGGCGGUCGGGAUCGAUUUUUCCACUGUGCCAAGUGCAACAUGUGUUUACCGGUUCAGUUACAGAACGGACACACGUGUGUAGAAAAUGUUUCUCAUGCAAAUUGUCCAGUCUGCUUGGAGGAUAUUCACACAAGUCGUAUACCUUGUCACAUUCCAAAUUGUGGUCAUUUGCUUCAUCGUACGUGUUUUGAGGAGUUGUUACACUCAGGACAUUAUGCUUGUCCAACUUGCCAAGUGUCUCUUCUAGAUAUGACUGAUCUAUGGAAAUUUUUGGAUAUGGAAGUAUCGUCAACACCAAUGCCAGAAGAGUACAAGGAUUACAAGGUUGAUAUUCUGUGCAAAGACUGUCACGAGGAAUCAACAGUAAAAUUCCAUAUUGUAGGUUUGAAAUGUUUGAAUUGUGGAAGUUAUAACACUUGCAGAGUCAAAGGAUCUCCGUCUCCAGCAGAUCCAGAUACAUUGGACUAAAUAAUGUCAAUGACAUUGGCGAUGAAGAGAAUUUACAACGCUAGAACUUUUAGUAUUAAAACGAGAAAAAGAUGCGGAACGUUCCCGAGAAAGUGUCGCUUUUAAGCGUUUCUAACAGAAAGACAUUAGGAAAUGGCCUCUUUGGCAUUAUACCUCUACUUGUUUUUAGUGAAUUUAUACAUCUUUGUUGAUUGUUUUCAGACUUUUUAUAGACGUUAUUUUAUUAGGAGGCUGAAUGUAUGAUAUGUAUAAUGAUCAAUGCUUAUAUCUAUAAUCAUGGAAGACCGAAAAUUAUGGAAUAAUCGCAGUUUGAA